AUGAGUGCCGAACCACGCCGCUCAUCACGAGCCAAUAAGGGAACCCAUUCUGGACGUGACGUCCUGGACGUAUACUAUAAAUAUGAAGACGAGCCCGAGGUCAAAAGAAGAAGAACAGACGAGGACUUUGAACCAGAAGCCACCGUAACAGAAAGCUCUACCAUUAACUUCUCUAAACAGAAUAAUGCUACCCAAAUCAACAGAAGCCUGGCGGGAGACGUGCGGUGUGACCCCUGCGGAACCACCCAGGACAACUACGACGAAGAAAACGAUGAGGGAGGAAUGAUGAUCGAAUGUGAUGCAUGUGGGACGUGGCAGCACGCCCGCUGUAUGGGUUAUAAGACCAAACGGGCCAUUCCAAAGCAAUACAUGUGCAACCGUUGUGGGACGCUAGACAAGUCCGAGCUUGAAACUGGAAAUGUUAAGUUUGCUCCAGCAGAGAAACCACCACAGGUGACGAAGAAAGCUGAGAUUUCAAAGGAAAAGACGGUGGCAACAGCAGCUGCCUCCACAGGAACCAAAUUGCCCGCCAACAAGACGCGGCAGAGCGUGAUCAAGGCCUUGGCAAAUGUGCUUCUCAAGCACACAACCGUGGACGACCAGAAGGCCCAACACUGGGCAUCGCAGAUGGAGUUGGGAAUACACGCGUGGUCGGGUACCACAGAUAAAAAGUAUAUAGACAAGAGUAGGAGCGUAAUGGCGCUUGUCAAAAAGGCCAACGUGUUCCAGCGAGUGGUCGACGGCGCCGUAAGCGUACAUGACUUGAUUGUACUUCCUCCCGAGGAGAUAGACGACGAGUUGAAGGAUUACGCAGAGAAGGUCCGCCAGGAACUGAUUCGUCGCUCGGUGUUGACGGUUGAGGAUGAGCUGAGCAAGCGAAUCAGACGAACCCAUAAAGGUGAAGAAAUUGUGGAAACCUCAACCAACGACGACGAGGUCAAUGUCAAUAUCGCUGCCAGAAAUAUCGACCACCGUGUGUUCCGAGAGGUCACACCUACUCGAGACAACGUUAUUGGCCUGCUGACAGGACCAAACUUGUACCAAAUCGCCGAUGAUGACGAAGAGGACGAUACUGAGAAAAAACCGGAUGCCGAUGGAGAGAGAGAACCCCACGAUGGCACCGAUUCAGAUGAGGAGCUUGACUUUAUUUUAGGAUCCAAAAGUCCGGAAAAGAAGUCACCAGCUGCAUCGCCCAAAGUUUCCAAACCUCCAGCACCAAUCAAACUUCCACCUACCAUGUCGAACCGGUUUUGGUCUGGCGAUAUUGUAUUCCCUGAUUUUGUCCAGUUUGGAGCCAGAGCUACAUUUGUUGGCUGUACUAACUACGAAAAACCGAAGGAUGUCACCACUGCCAGCUUUCAUAAUAGGGCCAUCAGAGUGUGCAAGGAACUUUUGGAGAAACCACGUUACUCCAUCGAAGGUCGGUUGGAUCGCAAGCGUGCGGACCCAUACGUGGACAAGAUCACCUCGUCCAGAGACUUGUAUGUGGUUGAGAUAGAGGCUACCGACGACAACAAAGAUUUCGAGAAGUUGUUUGAGUAUCUUUACUCCAGAUCGAAGGUCGGAGUACUUUCAGGCCGGGCUCCGUGUGUCAAGGAUGCUUAUCUUUAUGCAUUGGAUAACGAUGCUCCGGGUUACCUCAACUUGGGCCCCAUUGCCAGAGGCUUGUAUGCUGUGUUCGUUGUUAAAAAGGACUACGUGCCUGUUGGAAAGAGCAUAUUGAAGAAGUCGCUGCCUCCACAGCCAGCAGCUCCCCAGCAUAACAGCAACUUGGAUUCCAUUCUCUCGAAGUUGGCGGGAACUCCUGCUGCUGAACUCCAUCAACCAACGCCUCAAGUUACAGCAUACUCUCAGUCCCAGCAACUUCCACUGGAGUUGACUGCAGACCAAUUACAAUUUUUAUCAGAGUUGGUGAACCAAAACCCCCAUGUACAGCACAACCCGCAAGCGUUGCUAAGCUUGCUUCAAAAUAAUCAAAUGCCUGGGUAUCAUUAG